GCCGCCAGACCGGACGCACUGCCCGUUGCUUCUGGUCGGUCGGAGCUCCGCCCGCUAGCCAGUUCCCGCUCCAUUCUCUCCUCUCAUUGGAGCGAUCCCAAACACGGCGGCGAGGUCAGAGGUCAGCCAUGGGGUCGGCCGCCAGGCGAGGCAGACGUCCGAGUGUAGACGGACAAGGUGCUUGGGACCGAGGGGCGGGCGGUGGUCGGGUCACGGCUGUGGAGCCCCCGUGGACGCCCCCCAGCCCUGUCCCGCCCACAGCCACACCGGCCCCCAUGCGUGUUUCCCGUCACCGCGGUGACCGUGGUCGACGUGGCGACCGCGGUACCGUGGUCCCCAUGGUGACCGUGGUCGACGUGGCGACCGUGGUGCAGUGUUCACCUGGUCACCGUGGUCAUCGUGGUACCAUGGUGACCGUGGUUACUGGUCCCCCUGGUGACCGUGGCCCCCUGGGCCCCGUGUUCUCCGUGGUUACAGUGGUUACCGGGGCUUCCAAACAGCUGUUGCACCACUGCUUCGCCGUGGAGACGGGCCGCAGCACGUCUGCAUUCUUUGUUGUUCCUGAGAGGGGGCGGGGCCUCCGAGAGGGGGAGGAGCCUCUGUUUGGACGCACCCUGGCACCCUGCCUGAGGGAGCGGGCAUUGUGAUCAGAUGAACCGCUCCCCAGGGGUCGGAGCUCUGAAUGGGUCUCUGGUCCACACCAGACGCCCUCGCACUCCUCAAUGGAGCCGAGUCCUUUCCCUCCUCUCUCCUUCUGUCCUCUUUGUGUUCCCUUCCUUGAUGUGCCAUCCUGUGUGUCAUCACACGCAGCUCACACCGAGAGGCGGAUCAGAGCGGGCUCUACUUUAUCACUCUGAGGUCUCACCCCAGGAGAACGUUAGUGAGAUGGUGGGUACUCUUUAGUACAGGACUCAGUCCGCACUACGCCCCGGUGCCUGCGGGGGCAGCUGUGAGUCGGUAUUUGUACCCUCAGACACCGACUGAUGAACACAGAGCCUGUCCCUCAGAGAACCACCCAGCCUUCAGGGUCUGUGGAGAGAGUCCUCUCCACGGCAACGCACUGCGAGCCCGCUCAGACCUGCAGAACGUUCCUCUGAGCCCGCUCAGACCCGGAGAACGUUCCUCUGAGCCCGCUCAGACCCGGAGAACGUUCCUCUGAGCCCGCUCAGACCCGGAGAACGUUCCUCUGAGCCCGCUCAGACCCGGAGAACGUUCCUCUGAGCCCGCUCAGACCCGGAGAACGUUCCUCAUCUCCUCCUCCCUUCCUCAGGGUGUAAAGGGAGGGCUGAAUGCAGAUCAGUUUGUCCCCGGGGUGUUUCCACGUCCCCGAAGCAGAGCUGUGACGUUGGACACGUGGGUAGACAUGCAUGUGCUGAAGAAAGGGCUUUCCGUCUCCCUGAGACUUUGACUCUGAUGUCGGCAGUGUGGUGGAAACCCGGCUUCUCGGUUCGUUUAUCUGUUGUUCUCCCUCUGACUCGGUCUCCACCACCGAGUCGAAUGCGCUCGCUGACUCCGUUACAUCUAACAAAUGGAAAGUGACAACGGAUCACAGUUCAGCCAGGCAGCGCCAUGACAACCGGUCACAGCGGACAGACUGGGGAUGGAGACGGAUGGACGGAGAGACGGCAGUGGGUGGAGGGCUCCAGCAUGAGGCCUAUUUUGACGAGCCUCGUAGCCUUGAACCAGUGCUACGGCCUAACGAGCAGCUUAUUAGUGUCUAUACCCCUCAUCGGUGACCUUUGGGCAAAUAUUGUUUUAUUGAAUUAUUGCGUUUUAUAUUCACUCAGCAUCGCAGUGAUGUGACGUGGUUGAACUUAAUGAUGAGGUCGUCUGGUCGGGGGGUGGGGGGGGGGGGGGGGGGGG